ACGCGAAGUGAAGGCUGCUACUUCGAUUUUGGGGUGUGCCAAAUGACACUCUUGUGUUCAUCUAGCCCAGUCAGACUGCUGGGCAGUAGAGUUUGGCGUGGCAAUGAGAAGAAAAGUAUUGGCAGCAGCACAGUUACCAACUCAGGUUUGUCUCCACAAUUGGGGAAGGGCAUCGAGGAAAAGAUGGGCAUACGCGGGCGGAAGACGCGGACAACAGCUGCUAAGGGGGACCAGGUCAGCAACAACAUUUUGGCCAGCGGGAGACAGAGCUACAGUGGAGAGUGUGAAAGUGGCCCUCAUCAGUUGAGGGACAGCCAAUUAACUACCCCAAGCUCAGAUAUGGGUGUUGGGGAAGAGGUGGAGCUUCGGCGUCCAGUAAAACGGAUCUGCCUUGCGUUGCCAGGAAAUGGCAAAGAGGGAGGAGGGAGAGGUAGGGAGAGGAAAGGGCGGGCAAGGCAGUCAGCAGCAACGAAACGCACAGAAGCUGCACAUCUUGAUUUGGGAAUUGAGAAUGCGAGCCAUGAAAAGAAAAGGGGUCAAACAGCGGCACGAAAAUGGAAUUCGCGAGGGGCACAGAGUCAAGGUGCAGUGAAACAAGGUAGACUGAGGAGUCAGAAAAGAAGGAAAAACAAUACGCAAGAUGGGGUUCUGAUGGCACGACUACGGGCAUCCUUAUCAACAGCUCAAGGCUCUUCCAUGGCAGAUGAUGCUGGUGAAUGCACUGGAGGUAACAUUGUGGAAUACCAUCGGAAUCGUACAGAUGAUGGGAAGCAUCGUAGUGUACAAAAUGGGAAGAAUAUGCUGAUGGAUGGAAUAGGGGACCAGGAUGAAAGUGGCAGGGUGGAUGAGCGGUGUCGUGAUGGAGAUGGGAAUGGCAAUAGCAGCAGUGAUGAGUAUGAUGUGGAGAGGUUAUGCUAUGACGAGGAAAGAGGCGGAACGGAGGAGGCUUCAACGGUUGCAUCCGGUGCAACAAAUAGUGGAGGUGGGCGGGGGAAGCGGAAGUAUCCACGAACAGCUGGUGUAGCUGAGCCGUAUUACCCACAGAGACAUCUCGUUAUAGAGGCAGCUGGCGGUGACAGCAAGAGCCUGCAGAUUUUGCAAUCUAUGACCAAUUUCGAUAUCUGCGAAAUGCUCCGGAAGGAGACGGGAAUCGACUACAUUCGUCAUAAGCUCAGCAAAUUGCACUUGAUGACACGAUUGUUUAAGGUCAUUGCGUGCAAGAGGUUAAAGAAGGCCCGGAAGAAGGGUCUGGGCAUUGUAGAUGGAGGUGGAGAGGAGGGUGAGGAGGACGAUGAAGAGGAGGCAGAGGGAGGCGGGAGUGGCUUGGGUGUAGAACCAGCAACGAGUAGUGGGGGCAGUGGAUCAUCCAAGCUGGACUUCUUGGGUGGACAACCAUUGUCUGCUUCUGUAAAUGGGGAGACAAAUGGUGGCAUGGGGAAGCCACAGCGAUCCAAGGGAAGAGGUAUAGGAAAUGGUGAUGGACUGCGAGGCAGCCACUCUAUAGGGGACUUCAAAGUAGGGGAGGGUCCUGAAUUACGAGGUGCUGCAACAAUGGUAGAGAGUGCAUUUGGUGCCCAGAAGACUGCACGAAAGAGUAGUGCCAGGAUUCCUGCAGCAGGUGUGCGUGGUUCGCAAGGUCUAAGAGGACGAGGAGGGGAGCUAGGUAGGGGAGGCUUAUGUGUGUGUAGGAAUGUUGUUUGUGGUGAGGUUUUGGGGAAGGGAGACACCUACUGUCGAUGGUGCUCCUGUGUUCUCUGCCAUAGGUUUGAGGGUGAGAAAGAAGAGCCUGGGUUAUGGGUGCAGUGUACAGGAAUCAGUGCGAACGGAUCGAGGUGCAAAGCAUAUUGCCACAUUGAGUGUGCUCUGAGUCGGAACAUGGCAGGUGUCGUAAUGGUGGAUCUGGAGGAUGGCGUGAGGAUGCCGCUUGAUGGGCAGUAUAAGUGCCUAGAAUGUGGAUGUGUCACUGGGCUGUUAGGGUAAGUCUGUUAUGCCUUUUCACAGCUCUCAGGGUGCUUGGAAGUUGGAACUCACAUUAUUCUGAUUAGUUUUUCCCUGGGUCUAGGUAGCAGCCCUCUUUGUGUUUGCAAAUUAAUGAAAAAUCUAGAAGACU